CAACGUGAGUAGUACAGACGUCAACUUGCAAUCUUUGGAUAAAGUUUGAGUUGGCUAAUAGAGUUUGAAUCGUGCAGUCAACUUGCUAACAAAUUUAAUUUAAUUGAACGCAGAACUUUUGAAUAUUGUACCGAAAAUGGCACCAAAAGGUGCAGAAUAUUUAGAAAUAGCUCAUCAACGAGCUGUAGAAAAGAAGACACAUGUGAGUUUUCCUCAAUUGAAAUACCCAUCACUAAGGGAUGAAGGUUUAAAGGAUCCUGUGCAAUGGUUAACUGGAAAAGCCAUGGAUGAUGGUGCCGAAGGUCUUUGGCGUGUUCAUGAUGGCAUCUAUGAUCUAAAUGAGUUUAUGCAUAAACAUCCUGGCGGUGAAGAAUGGUUGGAUUUGACUAAGGGCACAGAUAUUACAGAGGCUUAUGAAAGUCAUCAUUUAUCGCCAUCAGUGGACAAAAUAUUACAGAAGUUUUACGUAAGACCAGCAAAAACCCCAAGAAAUUCUCCAUUCACUUUCAAAGAAGAUGGCUUUUAUCGAAGUCUGAAAAGAUCUGUAGUAGAAGAACUGAAAAGCGUUCCUAAAAGUGCUGGAUCGAAUACAGAAAAAAUCAUAGAUGGAUUGUUUAUAACAUUCUUAGUAUCAUCAGCAAUAACAGCUUGGGCUGAAAACUAUUGGGUAGUGAUGGUUUCAUAUUUGAUUGCAUCUUUAUCUAUGGCUUGGGUAAUGGUAGCAGCCCACAACUUUAUUCAUAGAAAAACCAAUUGGCGUAUGUAUUUAUUCAAUAUAGGACUAUGGUCUUACAGAGAUUUUCGAAUAUCACAUGCAUUAUCUCAUCAUCUGUAUCCCAAUACGCUAAUGGAUUUGGAGAUAAGCGGAUUUGAACCCAUAGUCUUUUGGCUCCCUCGACGAGAUACACCAGUUUACGGACACUUCGCUAUUGUAUUCGAAGUGAUUUUGUUUCCUUUCGGAUGUAUACUAAACUUCUUGAAAAAGUUAUUUCUAAAUUUUACACGCAAAGACUUCUUUACUCGUCAUUACCGUUGGCACGACGCCCUCGGCUUAUUGCCAAUCUUCUGGAUGUAUAUCUUCAGUAGCCAUUCCUUCAUUAACACAUUUAUCUUAUGGCUUUGGAUCAACUGCACUGGGAGCUUCAUAUUCUUCACCAUUGGAUCCAACGCUGCGCAUCACCACCCUGACUUGUUCCAUGAUGGAGAUGAAUUAAGGGAACAAACCCGGGAUUGGGGUAUUCACGAAGUCGACGCGGUCAUUGACCGCACAGACAUCAAUGGAAACCUUUUUAAAGUGAUGACCUUUUUUGGAGACCACACUCUUCAUCAUUUAUUCCCCACAUUAGACCACGAAAAACUACCUUACUUAUACCCUACAUUCCUAGCCCAUGUUGCUAAAUACAAGGCAAAGUUUAGGCUAACCAAACAGUUGAAUCUGUUUAUCCAACAGAUUAAAGUUACUAUGAAGAGAGAGCCUAACACUUUGUCAGAGGACGAUUAAUUAACUACUUGUUCAUUAUAAGUUAAAUAAGGAAGUCUAACUCUCGAUCUAAACUAAUUUAUAGUCAAAACUUAAACUGUUGCUAUCAUGUAAUUGAGCCAAAUUUUGCACUAUUAUUGCAUAAAAAAGAACUUUACGAUAUCCUUACUUCUUUUUAUUUUAAAAUCGUGAAUUGUAUAAAUACCAUACUACUCGUAAUGAAAAUCGUGACAAAGUUAAAUAAAUCAUUGAUAUUAAA